UCAGUCUAUGUGCUAAGAGGUAGUGAGAAUCACUUAAUUCCAUGUACGGCACCGUCUGCAUGGAGAGAAAAUACACGAGAGAGACGAACGAGACAGCGCACAAACUUGGUUUCCGUUAUUCGAACCAGUGAAUAAUUUCCUUCCAGGAUCUGUAUUUUAAAAUUCCCGAUAUAUGGCCAAUAUCGGUUGCGCACUGUUACACUAAACAUAUGUAUUUCAUUUUAUUUUGAGCCAUAAACUAGGUCGAAUUUCUCCCCGCUCGAUACAAUUUUACAACUUUAUCAAAGGGGAGUGAUUUUAUUUUAAAGUGCGUGUCACGCAUACAUGUCGCUGAAACGUCAAGACAUGUAGGCUACAGUAUAGGCUACAAAUGUUACUGACAUCUAUUAUGAACAUGCUGUAGCGAAACUUUGAAACUACGUCUGGCAGUUUGUCAGGUGGCAGCUUUCCUGCAGUACGUGACGAUGCGCUCAUUCACUCAAGACGAACUCUGAAGAAGGAUACAGGAAAAAUUGUCUCCGCUGAAAGUGGCGGGAUUUUUGUUUUCAUGAAUUCAUUGAAUCCGGUUUAUUUUCCUGAACACUAUCCUGGAAUUCGGACUAAGCUUGCUUGAUUUGUUUCAGAACACCGCAAGUGGCGUAUUUAAAACCGGAUGACACUCGAAAUGAUAUUCCUUUCUUGCAUCACGCUGAUUGCUUCCAAUAUCCUUCUCCGCUGUUCACCUGUUCAGAGUUCUCCAUAUGCAAGUGGAGUCCACAGCACUGAAGUGGUGCGGUUCCCUGAGGUGUGGGGGCGGAGCUUCUGCCGCACCAUGGAGAAGCUAGUGGAGGUGGUGCAGGAGUACCCCGGUGAGGUAGAGCACGUCUUCAGCCCGGCCUGCGUUUUGCUGUGGCGCUGUGCUGGUUGCUGUGGCGACGAGAACCUGGAGUGCCACCCUACCCAUACCAGUAACCUCACUGCUCAGCUGUUGAAAAUCAAGCCAGGGGAUGUAGAAAAAGAGUAUGUUGAGAUGACAUUUAUGGAGCAUCAGACAUGUGAAUGUAGACCGCGAAGCACUUUGAAAAAUGAAAGGCAGAGACCGAGAAAGAGGGGGCGGAAGAGGAAAGACCGGCAGAAUGCAAAAGAAUGCGACACGUGUCUUCCUCCACGUAGACGGAGGUAGCUGUACCUCUGCCCCUGCCCUUGCCCCCCCCCCCCCUUCUGCCCGUUCGCUCUCUGCCCAUGGUUGACUGCGUGGACUGUCUUGAGGAGCUGGCUGAAUCUAGGAUUGGACAGGGUUUCUACAGUGAUGAGCUGAUUGGCGAUGAUCCUGCAGGGAGGCCAGAGGGUCUCCAGGGUGGGGGGCGUUCACCAAUGAGAGAUCAUUUUAAUGUCAUCCUGACCUCAUAAUGUGUUCCUGAGGAGGACUGCAAAAAGUAUCGACUAUGAUCGAGGGUCCACAUAGAGACUAAUCACUGUGGAAGACUACGAUCUGUGUUUUGGGGUGUUUGUUCAUUGAAUUAUUAUUGAUUACCACCAUAAUUGUGUAUGUCUAAAAAACUAUUUAUUAUCCAAAUAUUAUGCAAUCAAGGUCUGUAAAAUAAAUGUGUUCUAGGUGUUGUCUG